UUAUAGAAGCGUCGUUCCUCUCUUUUAUUUCGGCUACUCACAGCGCCCAUCUGGCUUAUCCUCUGAGUUAGGGUUUCCGUUUCAUCUUCCUUUUCUUCCUGAUUUUUCUUUAGGGUUUUUCACUUUUUCAGUAUCUUCGUGUAAUCUCAAGCAAUGAGUCGUCAUCCUGAGGUGAAAUGGGCCCAGAGAUUAGACAAGGUCUUUAUCACUGUGCAACUCUCAGACUCGAAGGAUUCUAAGGUUAAUCUUGAGCCAGAUGGAGUCUUCACUUUCUCUGGUAGCGCCGGUUCAGAGAAUCACCAUUACGAACUGAAGUUGGAGCUUUUUGAUAAAGUUAAUGUUGAGGAAAGUAAAGUUAACAUUGGGGUUCGGAGCAUAUUCUGUAUCCUAGAAAAGGCAGAGAAGGGAUGGUGGAAAAGGCUAUUGCGAGGAGAUGGAAAGCCACCCCAUUAUGUCAAAGUAGAUUGGGACAAAUGGGUGGAUGAGGAUGAAGACGAUGGAACAGCUGCUGGUCUAGGUGACUUGGAUUUGGGAGGCAUGGACUUUUCGAAAUUUGGUGGCAUGGGCGGCAUGGAUGGUAUGGGCGACAUGGGUGACAUGGGCGACGAUAAUGACUCCGACGAUAGUGAUGAUGAUGAACUAGAACAGGAGGUGUCGAAUCCAGCGAAAAGUGAAUCUGCCAAGCCCGAGGCAGAAGUCGCCAAAGAAGGUGGAGUUGGGUCCUCAGAAGGGAAAAAGGAAUCUGCAGCAGCAGCUAGCACAUGAUUUUGCAGGGUUCAAAAAUAACCAAGAAGCAUUUGAUGAUGUUUUCAUGGUUGUGGCUUGAAUUUUUGAGCUUUAUGAUGAUGUUGGCUAAUUUCAGUAUGUAUUUCUCUGGAACUGCUAUUUUUCAACUGCUUAAAUCUUUGCAAUCCAGGAAAAGUAUUAUUUCACUACUUCAUAGAUGCAUUCAGAUGAGUUGGAACUGAGUUAUGUGUGGUUUUUUUUCUCUCAGUUUAUGAUAUCUGGUAAUAUGGAGAGAUCAAUCCAUGGUUGGGUUGGCUGUUUAAAU